AUGUACGAGUACAGAGAGGCCGCAGUCGUUCCCGUCGUCGAAGCGCCACAGUACGUACCCGAAAUAGUACUUCUAACGGUCGCGAACGAGAACUGCUCGCCUUACGCGCGCAUAUGGUUAAAGAAGGUCAAUGAGUGUGCGGCUGUAUACGGAUGGGAUGAUAAGACCACGAUACAUUUUGCUAUGCAAAAGCUCCAAGGUUUGGCCAAAGUGUGGUUCGAAAGUUUAGAUACGAUAUUGUACUCAUGGCCUGAAUGGCAAGAGAAGUUGGUAAAGGCUUUCCCGUGUGAUGAAAACUAUGGCCAAAUCUUGGAGGAAAUGCUGAGGCGGAAGAGCAAAUUUAACGAACCAAUAGAGGUUUAUUAUUAUGAAAAAUUGGCUCUUCUACACCAGUGUGGACUUAGCGGCAAGAAGGCCGUGGAUUGCAUAAUUCACGGCAUAACCGACAGAACUACUAAGUCGAGCGCUGUGGCUGUGCGAUGUUCUGAUCCGGACCAACUUUUACAAUUCUUAAUUAGUAACAAAGAAUUGAGUAACCAGGAUCGAGUAAAUGUAAAAAGCAAAAACUGGUCUGACAGCGCUAAUACCAAUAACCAUGGUCCGAAGAACAGGGCACAGACACAGGGCCCAUUCUGUUUUAAUUGUAAGGAGAAGGGUCAUCAUUUCGCACAGUGCUCAAAACCCCUCCUUAAAUGCCAUCAUUGUAACAAAAUCGGUCAUAAGCCCGAGGACUGCUUUAGUAAGAAGUCUGACAACAAGUCUACUAAAGCCCCAGAAGUCAGGUCAUUGUGUGCGUCAGGAAAAGGUAACGCUAAAUAUUAUAAAAAUGCACAUGUAAACGGGGAAUUAGUGGAGGUAUUUAUUGAUUUCGGCAGUGAGCUUACCCUUGCUAGGCAAUCUUUUGUCUCUUCUUUGGGAAUUGCGUACGAGCGAGUAGAGUCAAUAAUGAAAGGGUUUGGAAAUGGAUUAGUGUCAUCCUGGGGCGAAAUAGAACUCGAUAUUGAUAUAGAUGGUGUUAAAGCUAGAGUCCCUUGCAAAGUAGUGGAAGACAACCUUCUUGACAGACCUGUUUUAGUUGGACAAACGUAUACCGAGUUGCCUCAAAUCAUUGUUGUCAAAGAUUGUAAGAACUUGCGGUUCAUAGACAUCGGAGAAGAAAUGCCUCAGCCAGAUCCAGCCCAUUCUUCGGUAGUCAAAGUUUUAAUUGCUGAUAUUGAACUAUACGGUCCGGCGUCCAUCAAAGCUGUCACGGAAGACAAGUUUAGUGGAAGUAUUGUCGUUAGGGAAAGCAUAGUAGGCAAACCCGCUCAGCAGUCUCUGUUAACUGGGGGAAUUUAUACGGUAAAGAAUGGUGUAGUACAUGUGGUAGUAAUACCUUAUUGCUCCCCGUGUUUGAUGAUGGAAAAUUUCACAUUAUGUCGCUCUGAAAGGGUAGCUUUAGUAAACCGAAUUACUGCGCAAUCCCCUACAGUAGUUGAAUGUGUGCAGCCUAAUGAUAUAUCGGAGUCCAAACUUCGCAUAGGUGACAAAGUUGCAGACGAACACAGACAUAGGCUUGUACAAUUAUUGAACAAAUAUAAACACUGCUUCGCAUCUAGCUUAGGAGAGUUAGGAUGCACAAAUGUUACUCAAAUGACUAUCGAACUUAAUGACCAACGUCCUAUAGCUUCUCGACCGUAUAGAUUAUCCCACCACGAAAGAGAGCAAGUUCGUAGAAUGGUUGAUGAAAUGCUGGCAGCUGGCAUAAUCCGAGAGUCUGUAUCGGAAUAUGCCAGCCCCAUCAUUCUUGUGCGGAAGCCUGAUGGUAGCCUAAGAAUGUGCAUUGACUACCGAAAGCUAAACUCUUCCACAAUAAAAGAGAGAUAUCCGAUGCCGAUCAUUGACGAUGAGAUUUCGCGUUUAUCUGGUCAAGCUUACUUUAUAACGUUAGACCUUGCUUCGGGAUACUACCAAGUUCCUAUAGCAGAACAAUCCAAACACCUAACAUCGUUUGUGACCCCCGACGGUCAGUUUGAAUUCAAUAGGAUGCCGUUCGGAUUGGCCAAUGCACCCGCUGUCUUCCAGCGGAUGAUGAACCGCAUCCUAGGUUCUGCUCGUUAUACCAAGGCAACGGUAUAUAUCGAUGACUUGCUCAUAUUUGGAAGGACUCCAGACGAAUGCUUAGACAGAUUAGAGGAGGUUCUACAGAUGUUAGAAGAAGCUAACUUGACCCUAAAUCUUUCUAAGUGCAGUUUCCUUCGCGAAAAGAUCGAUUAUUUAGGAUAUGAGAUUAGCGCCGAGGGAGUCAAACCGGGCGAAAAGAAGGUCCAGUCCGUUCAAAAUUUCCCGCGUCCAAACGACGUUCACAAUGUAAGGCAAUUUUUAGGUCUAGUGGGGUUUUUUAGAAAGUUUAUUGGAGGUUUUGCGCAAAUUGCGUAUCCCCUCACAAAGCUUCUAAAGAAGGAAGCUGUUUGGGAAUGGACGAGUGCACAGGAAGAAGCGUUUGAGACUCUCAAGACUAGGUUGAUUAGCAGGCCCAUUUUAGCUAUAUAUGACCACACAGCUGAGCUAGAACUGCACACAGAUGCCAGCAAGCACGGUAUAGGAGGCAUUUUGCUACAACGGACCCCAGCUCAAGACCCGGAACAGCAUCAUUCACAAGCUUAUUGGAACUACCUGGAGUGCCAGCGCAGCAACAUUUCGGACAACCGCGCUAUCCCUAGUCUAUUGUUCUGCCGAGUACUGCUCAGCGGUGUGGCCAAACAGCACCCAUACUACCGCGGUAACGCCCAGCUAUGCGACUCAUCAGAGGCUGCCUAA